AUGAUUAUAAAUAAAUUUUUUUCAGCAUUUUCACAACUCAUUAGCAAGGCUUCCAAUGCAGUCAAGUAGCCUUAAUUAAAACAAAAUUUAAUUCAACCUGAACCUAUGAGAUUAAGUAAAUACCUGGCUUAAACAAGUGUAUGCUCAAGAAGAGAAGCAGAAAAAAUGAUAGAAUCUGGAAUGAUAUUGGUUGAUGGGAAAAAAGUCGAAAGCAAUAUACCAGUUACUUCUGAAAAUAAAAUAUAAGUAUUCACAAAAAAUGGAGAGAAGAUGCCAACUAAGCAGUCAACUAAAGUUUGGAUUUUCUACAAACCUGUUGGCAUGAUAUGCUCUCAUAAUGACCCUUUCAAGAGACCAUCAUUUUAUGAUUUUGCAAAACUUAGAUUAAAAACAGAUUAGCAUAUUAUUUCUGUGGGAAGAUUAGAUUUUAAUUCUGAAGGAUUGAUUGUAGUUACAAACGAUGGAGAACUGGCUAGAUGCAUGGAAUUACCUGAAACAAAGUUACAACGUAUAUAUAGAGUCAGAGUUUAUGGUACUUUUACAGAAGAGAAAUUGAAAAAGAUAAGAAAUGGUAUCACAAUAGCUGGUGUAAAUUAUGGUCCAUAUUGGGUUAACGUUGAGAACAGGUAGUCAAGAAACACUUGGUUAAUUAUGAGAUUAGAAUAAGGUAAAAAUAGAGAAAUCAGAAAAGUAAUGUAGAAAUUUGAUUUGAGAGUUAAUAGACUGAUUAGACAAAGUUAUGGUCCUUACAAGCUCAUGGGUUUGAAACCAGGUGACUUUUAUGAAGCUUAAAUUGAACCUGAAAUAAAGAGAAAACUCUACCUUCACACUAGGAAAAAGUUAUAGAAUGUAUAGGAAUAGAUUUAAUUGGAAUAAUCAAAACUUAAUAUUAAAGCCUUAGAUGAGCAAGGCAAGAAUGAUAAGUUGCUUGAGAAAUAAGAAAAUGAUAAAAUUGAUAAGAAGAAUUUAAUUGUAAAUUAAUCUAAGAAAGUUAAUUCAAAAAAAACCGUUUGA